AUGAUUGCUGCCAAGCUGACCUUCCUACUGACCCUCCUCACUACUGGCCUCGGUGGCACCUCUCUGGGCCUCCACGGUGGCAUCUUUCACGCUGGCAUCCAACAUGGCGGCGCAUAUGGUGGGAUUCCUGGCGGCGGCAUCCACCACGGUGGAGUCCAUCACGGUGAAAUCCACCAUGGCGGUGUUAUCCACGGCGGCCCAGUCUACCAUGACGUCUAUCACAACGCUCCAGCUCACUAUAACUUCGCUUACGGUGUCCAAGACGACUUCUCCGGCACCAACUUCGGUCACAGUGAGUCCCGGGACGGCUACAAGACAGAAGGGAAGUACUUCGUCAAUCUUCCCGACGGUCGCAUCCAGACGGUCAAGUACUACGCGGACGAGCACGGCUACCACCCGGAGGUCUCCUACGAGGGCGUCGCCCGCUACCACCUCCCUGGACCCGGCUACGGUGGCUACCACUAG